CUCCAGUUCUUCUCCCCCAUUACAAAUUCUCGUAGUAGCCGUUGGCCUUUGGACCAACAACAACAGCUUCCUCAUUUCAAAUCCUCACUUCGAAUCCGUCCCCAAAAUCCCAAAGAUCUCAAUUCCGAUCCCCCCAAUCAUCAAAACCCUAAUCCUCUCUGUUCGAGGUUCAGAUUCUUAAUUGCGUCGGGGUUUCUGAAGCGCACAGGUUUUGGGAAGGACUGAAAGAUGACGUCAGUGACGCCUGAUUCUAGGAAAGUUGGGACGGGGAUGGCAGCAUCCCCAUCUCCUUUUCUCACGCCUCGGCCCGAAAAGCGGCGUGGUACUCUUGAUUGGAAUUCGAAUCACAAGGAUAAGGAUAAGGAUAAGGAAGUUAAUGUGCAAGUUGUGCUCAGAUGCAGGCCAUUAAGUGAUGAGGAGCAAAAGUCGCAUGUUCAGAAGGUGGUAUCAUGUAAUGAACAAAAAAGAGAAGUCACUGUUUUGCACAGUCUAAAUAACAAGCCAAUAGACAAGGUUUUCACUUUUGACAAGGUUUUCGGUCCAAAAGCACAGCAAAAGUCAAUAUAUGAACAAGCCAUUUCCCCUAUUGUGAAUGAAGUUCUUGAUGGUUUCAACUGCACUGUAUUUGCAUAUGGGCAGACAGGCACCGGUAAAACUUAUACAAUGGAAGGUGGGAUGAGAAAAAAGAAUGGCAAUUUACCUGCUGAGGCUGGUGUUAUUCCACGGGCUGUUCAUCAGAUUUUUGAUACACUCGAAGCACAAAAUGCAGACUACAGCCUGAGAGUGACAUUCUUGGAACUAUAUAAUGAAGAAAUAACUGAUUUACUAGCUCCAGAGGACCACUCAAGAAUUUCUGAAGACAGGCAAAAGAAACCUAUUUCCUUGAUGGAGGAUGGAAAGGGUUGUGUGAUCGUGAGAGGCCUCGAAGAAGAACCUGUGUAUACUGUAAAUGAAAUUUAUACUCUGUUGGAAAGGGGGGCUGCCAAGAGGCGUACAGCAGACACUCUUCUGAACAAGCGCAGCAGUCGCUCUCAUUCCGUCUUUUCCAUUACUGUCCAUAUAAAAGAAGCAACAGUUGGUGAUGAGGAGCUAAUUAAAUGCGGCAAACUUAAUCUUGUUGAUUUGGCAGGAUCAGAAAAUAUAUCUCGUUCAGGUGCACGUGAGGCUCGUGCAAGAGAAGCAGGAGAGAUAAAUAAGAGCUUACUCACCUUAGGCCGUGUCAUAAAUGCACUAGUGGAGCAUUCCACUCAUAUACCUUACAGGGACAGUAAGCUUACAAGACUUUUAAGAGAGUCACUAGGAGGCAAAACAAAAACUUGCAUCAUCGCCACAAUUUCUCCUUGUUUUCAUUUCGUGGAUGAGACUCUAAGCACACUAGAUUAUGCCCAUCGUGCCAAGAACAUCAAAAACAGACCUGAGGCAAACCAGAAAAUGUCAAAAACAGUGCUGCUUAAGGAUUUGUAUAUAGAGAUUGAGAGAAUGAAAGAAGAUAUUCGGGCAGCACGUGAAAAGAAUGGUGUUUAUAUUCCACGUGAAAGAUUUGUCCAGGAAGAAGCUGAGAAGAAGGCUAGGGUUGAGAGAAUAGAGCAAUUGGAGAAUGACCUCAACCUCUCAGAAAAGGCUAGGGUUGAGAGAAUAGAGCAAUUGGAGAAUGACCUCAACCUCUCAGAAAAGCAAGUGGAAAAGUUUCGUGAGCUCUAUCUCAGCGAGCAAGAACAGAAAUUGGAUUUCCAAUGUGAGCUCAAGGACUGUAAGAUAAAUCUGGAAAAUAGUAACAAGGCAUUGCUUGAACUUCAAGAGAAUCACCGGGUAGCCAUCUUAACCCUAAAAGAGAAGGAGCAUAUCAUCUCCAAACUGCUAUACUCAGAAAAUCUUUUAAUUGGACGAGCAAAGGAGUUACGCACUGAUCUACAGACUGCAUCAGAGGAUAUAAGUUCGCUACAUGAAAAAUUAGAUCAGAAAGACAGAAUGGAGGAAGAAAAUCAAGGCUUGGUUUUGACAUUUGGUUCUCAGCUUGACCGGAGUUUAAAAGAUCUGCAUAAGACCAUCUUAGGGUCUGUUUCUCAACAGCAGAACCAACUAAGAUGCAUGGAGGAACAUGUUCACUCAUACCUUGCGAGUAAAUGUGAUGCAACAAAGGUAUUGGAAUCAAGGAUUAAGAAAAUAUCAGAGACAUACAGUUCUGGAGUAUCAGCCUUGAAGGAGCUUGCCAACAUGCUGCAAAUGAAAGCAUCAUCUGACCUGGAGCAGCUAAAUAGUAAAACAUUAUCACAGACGGUGGCUGUUGAGAAGUUUCUCGGAUCUGCGGUUACGGAGGCCAACGAGGUCAUCCAAGAUAUUCAGCAGUCUAUUGUUGAGCAUAAGCAGCUAUUGGCUUUCUCCACUCAGCAACACGAGCUGGGAUUACAACGAAGUUUGCAUUCAGCACAAGUUAUUUCAAAUGCUAGUGUGAAUUUUUUUGAUGACCUCCAUGACCGUGCUUCAGAAGUUAUGAAAAUUCUUGAAUCUAGUCAAGUCAAACGAUUCCACCAGUUAGUGAACUUUGAGAAGAUGUUUAAGGAAGAGGCUGCUAGAGAGGAAAAACAGGCUUUUGAUAAAAUUGCAGCAGUAUUAGAAACUUUGACGUCUAAGAAAAUUUCUAUGGUAUCGGAGGCAUCAACCAGCAUCAAGCUCACAGAUACAAAAGAGCAUAGCAUAUUGCAAAAAGAGGUGUUUACCAUGCAACAAGUGGCAACAGAUGCUAGGAAGGAGUUGAGCGAACAUCUGGAAAAGGUGGAGAGUCAUUUUAUGGAAGACACAUUCUCAGCAGCUGAAUCUCACACAAUCAUGGAAAACUGCCUCCAAGAGUGCUCAGAGAGAGUUGGUUAUUCUAGAAAACAGUGGGAAAAUACCCAGUCAACGAUAAAUCAUAUGAAUAAGAACAGUGUUUCAAAGAUCGAAUCCACUGUGAAGGAAAACAUCUUUGCAAAUCGUUUGGCACAUGAAGAGUUUGUGUCUGCAUCCUCCCAUGUGGAUGCAGAUUUUGAUGCUAUAACCAUUGACACGCUGGCAUGCAUUAAUGCUUCGCUGAUGCAAGAUCAUGAAAAGGCAAAAGAGAUGGAUUCCAUAACUACCUUAUGCUUGGAUCAACUUAAAUCAGUACAAGACAAUCACAGUGAAAGUGUAUCAACCAUACGAAACCAAGCAGAAAAGUGUCUUGUACAAGAUUAUGCAGUUGAUAAGCAUGCUGGUACUCGGAAGAAACAAGUUAUAGAAGUCCCAAGCUUGGCAUCUAUUGAGGAAAUGAGAAGCUCCUUUGACAUCAAAGAAGAGAAUGUUUCUGAUAACAAAUUGAAGUGGAGCCAAACCGAAAGCAAGAUCCCGUGUCCUAGAACUCCCUUCGCAGAUGUCAACUAAUUGCUAGUCAAGAAUUUACACUACAUGUUGUAUGCUAGCUGUUCAUUUGUCAAAACAAGCUCAUCAACUGAUGAGUAAUGAGAACAAGUCCAUCUAUUCUGUGCUGCUUAUUUACACAGUGAUCGUCAACUGAUGAGUAAUGAGAACAAGUCCAUCUAUUCUGUGCUGCUUAUUUACACAGUGAUCGAUGACCGGGCAUCGUGUUCCCAUUUAUUGCUUAAAAGUUAAGAAGACAGCAGUGUAAUAUCUUUUAGUUAAUUUCCAUGAAAAAAUGAAUAACAUUCCCAAGUUUA